AUGAGUAGAAAAGGAUCAAUAGUCAAAGCCCUGGCCGCCCGACUCUUCUCGAGCACCCCCUCCCAGCAGCCCUCGUCAAUGGGAUGCGUAGACCCAAGCCACAGCGGUCACCAAUUCAAGCCUGCAGAUAUUGGGCGACUGGACGAGGUUGCCCGCCGCUUGGACACGCUCCGACUGAGCUUGACCGUUGACAGCGUGGUGGGGGGAGACGCUCCCGUCGUCCCGCCGGGCCUCCUCCGACCCUACUCGGCUCCCGCAGCAGGCUACUCCAUCGUCCCCUCCUUGCCAACAUUCUCCCCCGCCCUCAUCGGCGUCAAGCAGCUCUUCCACGCUAUACCAAAAGAAUGA